AUGAAUCCAUCUAAAUCUCCGGGGGUGGAUGAUUUUCAUGCGUAUUUCUUUCAAAGAAAUUGGGAGGUGGUUGGAGAUGGUGUUUGGUCAGUUCCAGUCAAUAACCUUGAUACUGUGUUAUAUAAGACUGUAAUGAAGGUUUCAACUCAAGUUCUUUGGAAUGGUUCAAAGACCGAAAGUUUUAAACCAACUACAGAAGUUCGGAAAGGAGAUCCGUUGUCACGUUAUCUAUUUUUCCUUUGUAUGGAGAGGUUGGUUCAUACAAUUCAAGAGGCAGUUAAUGAUGAGGCCUCUAUAACUCAAUUCUCAGUUAUUCAACAGAUUUUACUAGAUUUUUGCAAAUAUUCUAGACAAAAGGUAAUGGUCAAUCUGUCGACUUUUGGAGAGACUCAUGGCUCCGGCAGUUGGGUCCUUCGGAAAAUGUUUGUUUGGAUAAUCAGCAUAGUAAGUAGGACAAUACACCUAUUGCUUCGAUGGCUUCUACACAAGGAGAAUGGUAGUGGGCGGAACUUAACCCAAGGCUACCAAAUUAUGUCUAGUUGCAACUCGCGAUUGUUAAACCUUCAAACCCAAAUGGAGGUGAAGAUCGGCCGGGAUGGGUAUGAGAUAACAGAAGGCAAUUCUUGGUCUCCAGUGCAUAUCGUACUCAACAGCCAAAUGUAA